GUAGCGGCGAGCCAGUCAGCAUCACGUGCGCGCUCGCGACGGCCGUGUUCCGCACCGACCUGCGCCACUAUUCACGCGUCACUUGACAGUUGUGCCGUGCUAAAUAAUGACUGUACAUCUAUACUGUGAAACCUAGUGCUUGUUCCUACCCAUUUGUACGUGACUAAACCACACAUUAAUCGAUUCUGAAAAGCCUAAACUGCAAACAGUGCGGGAUAAGAGGUGAACGCUCGUCGCAGCGGCGCCGACUCUCACCGGCGACUAUUGUCUAAGUGCCACGGAAUCUUAGUCCUUCCCAUCGGAUUCCAUCGACGAAACAUCCGUCUUCCGACGUGGAUUGCACGCAAAAUGUUAAUAUAUUUCCAGAACUAGUUAAAAAGUUAUGAACAUUGUGUGACAGCUCGCUGAUUGGCUUGCCGUCUCGUUCAAACAGUACCAGUGUGCAAUGCUAACAAGUACUAGCCGGUGAUUGUGAGUGCAAUGGCGCGAAGGUGUUCCGCCAUUUUGUUGGUGUUACCGAUGGUGCUGAAGGUGGCUCUAGGGCAGUUCACCUCGCAAUGGGCCGUCCAUAUACCGGAGGGGAAAGAAGCGGCCGAUGCUGUAGCCAGGGACCACGGCUUCAUCAAUUUAGGAGAGAUAUUCGACAAUCACUACCAUUUCCACCAUCAUUCUGUAGCGAAGCGGUCGCUUGCGCCGGCGCACGACCACCACGGCCGACUGGAAGCCGACAAUCGAGUCCACUGGGCGAAGCAGCAGCGAGUGCUGUCCAGAAAGAAGAGAGAUUUCAUCCCUUUACAUGACAGCUCUUCUACAGCUGAAACCAAGCCAAUGGACGUGCCUUCUCCCUCCACCGCCACGAAGCGAGACGCGGGCUCGAAGCGGGAAUACCAGCUUCUCCGCGCGAAGGGCCGGCCGCGAAUGUCAGACACUAAGUUCCAGUUGAACGACCCCAAGUGGCCUCACAUGUGGUAUCUGAAUCGCGGUGGCGGAUUGGACAUGAACGUGAUACCAGCAUGGCGGGAAGGUAUAACUGGCAGAGGAGUGGUCGUCACCAUCUUAGAUGACGGCUUGGAGACCGACCAUCCGGAUUUAGUCGCUAAUUAUGACCCGAUGGCAUCUUACGACGUGAAUGCCCACGACACGGACCCCCAACCACGGUACGACAUGAUAGACUCCAACCGGCACGGCACCAGGUGUGCCGGAGAAGUGGCUGCCACGGCCAACAACUCGCUGUGUGCCGUGGGCGUCGCCUUUGGUGCUAGCGUUGGUGGAGUAAGGAUGUUGGACGGUGACGUCACAGACGCAGUGGAAGCCAGGUCUUUGAGUCUGAACCCUCAGCAUGUGGACAUCUACAGCGCCUCCUGGGGGCCUGAUGAUGACGGGAAGACAGUCGACGGGCCGGGAGAGUUGGCUACUAGGGCCUUCAUAGAGGGAGUUACUAAGGGUCGCAACGGCAAAGGUUCCAUCUUUGUCUGGGCGUCCGGCAAUGGGGGUCGAGAGCACGACAAUUGCAACUGUGAUGGCUACACGAACUCCAUCUGGACGUUGUCGAUAUCAUCAGCCACUGAGCGGGGGGAGGUGCCGUGGUAUUCUGAGAUGUGUAGUUCAACGCUAGCAGCGACUUAUAGCAGCGGCACCAUCAAUGAGAAGCAGGUGAUAACCACAGACCUCCACCACUCGUGUACAGCCGGCCACACGGGCACGUCGGCGUCGGCGCCGCUCGCAGCUGGCAUUUGUGCGCUGGCGUUGCAAGCCAACAGGGACCUCACGUGGAGAGAUAUGCAACAUAUUGUGGUUCGAACAGCAAGGCCCGAGCGUCUGAGCCUUGGCGGCGAGUGGCGUGUGAACGGCGUCGGCCGCAACGUGUCCCAUUCGUUCGGCUACGGGCUGCUGGACGCGACCGGCAUGGUACGGCUGGCUAAGACCUGGAGACGCGUGCCGCCGCAGAGGAGGUGCGAGCUAGCCGCGCCCAGGAUACAGAAGACUGUGCCUUCUAGAUCCACUAUUGCGUUACAAUUGGACGUGGUGACGUGCCCGGGCGUGAAUUACUUGGAACACGUGCAGGCGCGUGUCACGCUCUCCGCUCAGAGGCGGGGCGACUUGAGAAUCAGCCUGACUUCGCCUGCUGGCACCAACGUCACGUUGCUCGCUCCCAGGGCGCACGACUCAUCCCGAGCAGGCUUCAACUCUUGGCCAUUCAUGUCUGUGCACAUGUGGGGGGAGUCACCCCUGGGCGUGUGGCAACUGGAAGUGUCCAACGAAGGGAGGUACCAAGGUCGCGCAACAUUGCAAGACUGGUCGUUAACAUUGUACGGAACUAGCACACCCGCUGCUAAAAACGACCCAAUCCCGUUCCGAAACCCCGUCAGAAAUAAAGGCAACGCGACACGGCCGGUGAUGGUACAGUCCGGCCGGAAAAACAAAGGAAAAGCUGUGUCAAUAGUGCCGACGUACACUGUCGGACUGGUCAAGCGAAAGAAGAAUAAGAAUUCGAAAAAUCAGAAUAGGAACCCCAAGCAGAAACAAGGGCGGCCUGCGACGCGCUCUCCUAUCGAGAGCACGACUGUUACAACGACUUCGUCAACGCCUGAUCUAAGCCUUAAUUUACGGGGGGACUUAACCGAUCCCUUGUCUGACGCGAGGGGGAGGAAGAUGUCGAAUCUCUUCGAGCAGUAUCCGAAAAUCCAGCGCAUAUAUCCAGCGCCCCUGCGAGCGAACGAAGCCGGUCCCCUGACACAGUGGGAGCUGAUAUUCUACGGCACGGAAACCCCCCCUCAAGAGUCUGACACCUCCUCGGAGGCCAACCCUUUGGGGACCCACGCCGGCCCCCCUGUGACGUCAUGGAGUGGCAACAACAACGACAUCGACGAAGAUGUACCUUUAGUCUGGCAGAAUUCUAACACGGUCGAUGAUGAUAGUCCCGAAGCACCGCAAAUUCCCAUCGAAGCACCAGGGGGCCAGAAGUUUAUUGGGAGUGACACCAGCAGUGGCUGCAACACUUACAGCUCCCAACCAGUCCACCACUGCAUAGAAUGCGCCAAGGGUUUGCACUUGUACGACGGUCGGUGCUACGAUCGUUGCCCGGAGGGCACGUACGCCAGCGAGCUUCUUACGCAAAGGAGCUCAAGAAGACGCAAUCUUACUUACUAUUCAGAGGGACUAUUGUCUGCAACGAAACGCCAGAGCACUGAAACUGUAAAUCCGGCAGCGUUCGAAGCUUUAGACAUGGAACCUCAAGCCAAUCUGGCUAAGUCCCCCUUGACUUGUUAUCUGUGUCACUAUUCCUGUGCGUCCUGCUCUGGGCCUCGCGAUGAUCAGUGCCUGUCUUGCUCAAACGAUGCUCAACUGUUCAAUGGCUCUGACGUCGAAAUCAAAAUCUAUUGUUAUUCUAAUUCCGUCCUGUCGAAGCUGUCAGACGCUCACUGGCAUUCCAGACUCAACGUGAUCUUAUCCAUCAUACUAUUCACAUUAUCUUUUAUCUUCCUCUACUUUUUAAUAGCUUUCGUCAUUAAGAAGUGCGGUGUGUACUGCCGUGGAUCGCACUAUAAUUCCAACAUCAACAUAGCGUAUAACAAAUUAGCUGAUGAUGAAAAACAUCAAAGUGCUGUGGAGAUUGAAGAUGAAAUUAAACAGGCUUUAAACGAUUUCAGUGAGAGCGAGUCAGAAGACGACUUGAAUUUAUAGCAUUUAGUCAAAUUCCCUCGAAAAUAUUACGAAUUAACCGAUCAAUUGAGUGUUAGUGAUUAGGCUAAUAAAUGUGUAGGGCUCGCAUUGUGAUAUCACUAGAACCGUCACAAUUUUUUAAAAAUAAAUUCUAGAUGAACGGCGGAGAAAGGAGAUUGUUAAAAUAGUGACGUUUUGAUACUCGUACAAAAAUCGGUUUGGUUAGUUUUUAGGUAAGCUGUUAAUUCAUCCAAAGAUAAUUAUGUAAUUUCUAAAAGUUAAAUCUUGAAAUUGAUGGCUGUAGAUUUAUUUCUCUCUUUAUCUUCGAGCUGUUCGACAUUUAAUUUCUCAUUUCAGUCAUAAAUAAAUAGAAUAGAUUAUAUUAAGAAUAUAUUUUUGAUGAAACUUUAUUAUUUUCGAUGUGAUUUUUUUAAUAGAUGCAUUUGAAAUUUAACUUACUUGCAUUCCAUUUAGAACACCAGGUUCUUUAGAUAUUAAGCGAAUAAUAAAAUAAAGCGAAAACCUUAGGUACCUACAUUAAUUUGCUCAAUAUUAUGUAAAAGAUCGUAAAGAUUCAUACUUUUUGUAAAUUACAUUAUAUUUGUAAGCACAUGCACGCUCUUCACGCUUUAUAAAUGGCAAAACGAGUAGACAAGACGUGCCAAUUUUAUUCUGCAGAGAAAUAUUUCACGCGGACGAAGGUUAGGACAGAGGCUGUGCUGUACAAUUCAUGCUUAAUUGCAACUCAAUGGCGCACUUUUAAUUUUUUUUAAAAUGGCCUUCAUAACAAUUUAAUUUUCUUUAUGUUUUUUUUAAUUUACCUACCGCUUUUUACUUGCAGUAAUAUUCUUUAGGACCAAAGAAUUAGACUUCGAAGAAAAAAAUGAUGAUAAUGAGUAUUUUACAAAUAAAUCAGAAAAAAUAUUACAUAACAAAUAAAAGUAGUCUUAACACAUUAUUUAUUGUGAUUACGACACAAUUAUAAUAUUUUUUUAUUUACUUAAAAAACAUGACAUUUAGGAUUUGUGAUUUGUUGUAACUAUUGAUAUUCAGUCAGGGCAAGUUUUCAGGGUAAAAAAAAAUAGAAACUUUGUGUUUUUUUAAAAUUAGGACUUUUCUAGUUAUUUUAUUUUUUUCAACAUGAGCAAAGCCAUUUUUAUUAUUAUUUUAAAUGAUAAUUGUAAUUUUUAUGCAUUGGUUUAUUCCUUAACAUAAAAUAAUUUUCAUAAACUAUAUGGCAUAAUGUAAGUAUACCUGCAUAUAUACAUAUAUAUUUUACUCAAGUUGCCAUUUGUAUGUAGAUACUUACUCAAAACAAAUCGAAAUUUGUAAAUAUGUUAUGUAAAUAAACGAGUUCCUAUUUUUA